AUGCAAGAUGAUUUCAUUCACGGUGUUCUUCCAAAACCUGCGAGUGGUAGCCCGGAUUUGGAGAAUUGGUUAACGGUCAACUCCAUGAUCGUUGGCUGGAUUAGGUCUUCGAUAGAACCUAAAGUACGUUCGACGGUGUCGUAUAUCACGGAUGCUCAUCUCCUGUGGACUGAGCUUAAGGAACGUUUCUCAGUGGGGAAUAAAGUUCGUAUACACCAAAUCAAGUCUCAACUUGCGUCAUGUAAGCAGGACGGUCAAACUGUUUUGGAGUAUUAUGGUCGUCUUGCUAUGUUGUGGAAGGAACUACAAACUUAUCAGCCGGUGAUUUCGUGCUCUUGUGGAGCAGCUGGCGUACUUGCCAAAGAAAAAGAAGAAGAAAAGCUGCACCAAUUUGUUAUGGGAUUGGACGAUGCUCGGUUUGGUGGUUUGUGUACGAGCAUCGUAGCUUCUGAUCCUUUGCCUAGUCUUGGUGAAGUCUAUGCAAAGAUUGUGCGAGAAGAGCAACGUUUGACAUCAGCGAAAGCUCGCGAGCAACAGCAAGAGGCGAUCGGAUUUGUCGCUCGCCGAGAAGAGGUCCUUGCUCCUGUUCGUCCUAGCCAAACUGAGACACGUUCAGACUCAGCUAAUUCUGUUCGUCGUGAUCGCAAUGCUCUCUGCAGUCAUUGUGGACGUACCGGUCAUGACAAGAAGGAAUGUUGGCAGUUAGUUGGCUUUCCCGAGUGGUGGUUGGACAGAAACAAGAAUCUAAGUGGAGGUCGUGGAAGAGGAGGAGGUCGCAAUGGUUACAACAACCCUGGUCGUGGUCGUGGUCAGGCCAAUGCUGCACACGCCACAAGUUCCAACGCUUCUUCUUUUCCGGAGUUUACAGCCGACCAAGUGGAAGGCUCUAUCCAAGUUGAUUCAAGAGAAGUCUGGUGA